CCGUAGCGUACCACGUUGUGACCAUAAGAUUCAGUCUGAGUGAAGCAGCAGAGUCUGUUUGUCUGGAUAAACUUGUUGAAGUGGACUUUGUGUAAACUUUCGGGUUGUUUCAGCCCAGACUUAUCUCCCGUUAGCCAACAAUGCUAAAGGAAGUUAUCGUAGCUUGCUAGCAGGAAAUAGACGGAGCUCGGCCUCACGGUGCUAGUCGGAGUAGCUUCGACAGAGACCAAACUGUAUUUUUCACGGAGCCCAAAUGUCCAGAUAGAGCUGUGUGAAUAGACUCUGUGCUGUUCCCUUUAUUUGACGCUGUUUUCCAUCUGAACGAUCUGCUGCUGUCCGACGAAGCUAAUGUAGCUAACUUAGCCUGCUAGCUGGAAAUAGACGCAGCCGAGCGUCAUUUAAUCAUCAGAGAGAACAAACAGUUUCUAACGGAGUGAGUCUGGAGGAAAAGCUGCUGUGAAUCAGUCAAAAUGUCUAAAGUCCAAACGCUGAGAGCUUUUGUGAAGCAGCGACUAACUGCGGCUGCUGAAGAGAUAUUUGAGCAGUUUGAAAGAACGAUAGCAGAGUACGAGGAGGAAGUUUGUCGACAACAGAAACUACUGGACGCUGUUUUCAAGCCUGAAGUCCGGUUACACAGAGCAGACGUCCAGCUGCUGUUGGGGAGGAAAGAAGAGGAUCCUCCUGAGCAGCAGGACUGGAGAUCCAGUCUGGACCAGGAGGACCCAGCAGAGCCGCUACAAAAUAAUGAGGAACAAGAGGAACUGUGGACCAGUCAGGAGGGAGAGCAGCUCGGAGGUCUGGAGGAGGCUGAUAUCACCAAGUUCACGUCCCCUCCUGUCCCUGUGAAGAGUGAAGAAGAGGAUGAAGAGGAACCUCAGUCCUCACAGCUUCAUCAGAGACAAACUGAACAGAUGAGAACAGAAUCUGAUGGAGAGGACUGUGGAGGACCAGAACCAGCCGGGAACUCAGAUCCAGAUAGACCUGACACUGAUGACAGGACAUCCCUGUCCUCUGAAUCAGAGACUGAUGACAGUUGUGAUUGGGAGGAGACCAGAGACCCUCAGUCUGGUUUAAGCCCUCUACAGAACAAUGAAGUACCUGUCAGUGAUGUUAAAUGUAAAACUGGAAAAACUUCAGUUAGCUCCUCAGGAUGUACUUCAAGCUCUGACCACAAGGGGCGUCUGCAGAAACACAGUGGAAACCAAACAGGAGAGAAACCCUUGAGUUGCUCAGUUUGUGGUAAAAGAUACAACCAGAAGAAAUCCUUGACGACUCACAUGAGACUUCAUUCAGAAGAAAAAGUGUUGAGCUGCUCAGUUUGUCAGAAAACUUUUCAGCGGGCAGCAAAUGUUCUGAGGCACAUGAGGAUCCACACAGGAGAGAAACCCUUCAGUUGUUCCUUCUGUGGUAUAAAAUUUGCACGAAAAGAUCAUCAGCAACAACACAUGAGAAUGCACACAGGAGAGAAACCCUUUCAUUGUUCUGUCUGCAGUAAAUCAUUCGCAUGCCGCUCAGUUUUGAUGAAACACCAAAGAGUUCACACAGGAGAAAAACCUUUCAUGUGAUCAGUUUGUAAAGCAAGUUUCAGUCUCAGAGCACUUUGACCAGACACAGGAGAAUGCAUACAGGAGAGAAACUCUUCAGUUGUUCAGUUUGUGGUAAAAGAUUCAUACAAAAUGGAAAUCUGAGCUGACACUUGAGUAUUCACGCAGAGAAAAAGCCAUUCAGUUGCAGCGUUUGUGUUCAAAGAUUCACUAAGUUCGCUCAUACAAAAAAACACAAGUGUGUUGGUGAGAGCAGCAGAAUUUCAUGAGGCUGCAGAGAUGUUUGUUGAGCCAGUUUCUUCCAGCAGGACUGAAGCACACACGAUCAUUUUCUGAUUUUUUUUUUUUCAUAUUGACAUU